AUGCCUAGUCAAUAUUUUGAUGUCAGUUCACUGGAAAUCCCAGAUUCAAUUAAGACUCAAUUGGCUGAUCCACACUUCAACAUUCCUGGUCAAAUAGAUGUGUUGCUCGGUGCUGAAGUAUCUUAUAGCAUUUUUAGUGGACAGCGAUAUCCGUUGUCAGAUUGUGCAAUUCUGCGUCGCACUACUUUAGGGUGGGUAUUAGCUGGGAAGACCUUUCUGUCAUCAGCUCAUGUCAAUAACGAAUCACCAUCACAUCAUCCCAAUAUCAAUUCAGCGUUAGCCUUACUAAGCACUAAAUCUGAAACACUCCGACAAGAGGAGGCUGAAGUUGAAAGGCAUUUCUUAAGAACUGUUUGUCGUGAUGAGAAUGGUAGAUUUGUUGUGCGAUUACCGCUUCGUCAACCUAUUGAUGAGCUUGGCGAUUCUCGUUGUAUGGCUGUAAACGCUUAG